CCAAGCUUGUAGGGGCCUAGAGGAUCCAAGAGCAAAGCCAACAUCCAGAUAUGCUGGGGCAUCAGGAUACUCCUCUGGGGGUGUUAUGGCAGGGCAGGAGGUGUCUGCGAUGUGGGGAACUGUUGAUUGAGUCCCAAGAACACGGUUCUCUACCGGGAUGUCAGUGUUACACCCCGCUUACAGAGUCUGUUAUUCAAAUGGGCGAGAAGGGCAAUGAGAGGUUUGAUAAACCCUAAUGGAUGGCCGGACGUUUGGGAGAUAUUGAUUUUGUUGGAGUCAGUCGGACCAGGGGCAAGUUUGUCAGGGUAACCAGCUCCACAGAUCCAGCUGAAAUCUACCAGAUGUUGACUAAGCAGUGGGGUCUGGCCCCUCCUCAUCUGGUGGUGGCACUAAUGGGAGGUGAUGAAGUGGCUCAGAUGAAGCCCUGGCUGAGGGACACACUUAGGAAAGGUCUUGUGAAGGCAGCACAGAGCACAGGGGCAUGGAUCCUCACCAGUGGUUUGCGUUUUGGCAUCACCCAGAACCUGGGUCAGGCUGUAAGGGACCACUCUCUAGCGAGCACUUCCCCUAAGGUGAGAGUGGUGGCCAUUGGAAUUGCUCCCUGGAACAUGAUUCAGAACAGAGAUCUUCUGCUGGCUGCAAGGCCUGACCAUCCAGCAAAAUAUCCAUCUGAGGAUCUUCCCCACGGUGCAGUGUACUCUUUGGACUGCAAUCAUUCUCAUUUCAUUCUGGUGGACGAGGACCUACAGAGACCUGGAGCCACUGGUGAGAUGAGAGUCGAGAUGCUCAAACACAUCUCUCUGCAGCGCACAGGAUAUGGGGGCACAGGCAGUAUUGAAAUCCCUGUCUUAUGUCUUCUGGUUCAUGGAGAGCCAAGGAUAUUGCAGAAAAUGUACAAGAAUAUUCAGAAUUCAAUACCCUGGCUGAUUUUAGCUGGCUCAGGAGGAGUCGCUGAUAUUUUAGUGACCCUGAUGGACAGAGGUUGCUGGGAUGCUGACAUGGUCCAAGAGCUGUUGAUACACACCUUUACCAAUGGCCUACACAGCACUGAAAUCCCUUCCUGGGUCAAACUGAUCCAGAGAAUAUUGGACCACGGUCACCUGCUGACAGUUCAUGACCCAGAGCAGGACUCAGAACUGGACACAGUAAUUCUCAAAGCUUUGGUUAAAGCUUGUAAGAGUCAAAGUCAGGAAGCACAGGACUUCCUGGAUGAGCUGAAACUGGCUGUGGCCUAGAAUAGGGUGGACAUUGCUAAAAGUGAGAUCUUCAGUGGGGAUGUGGCAUGGAGUGCUCAGGACCUGGAGGAGGUGAUGAUGGAGGCAUUGAUAAAUGACAAGCCUGACUUUGUGCAUUUGUUUGUGGAUAACGGCGUGAACAUAAAUGAAUUCCUAACUUAUGGCCGUCUUCAGGAACUCUACUGCUCUGUUUCUGAAAAAAACCUCCUUCACACCCUGCUCCUGAAAAAGCAUCAGGUUCAUUUGGCUAACAAACGGAUGUCAGGACACCCUCACACUGAACCCGGUGACCGCAGGCCUCGUUUCACCUUCCAUGAGGUCUCCAAAGUCCUCAAAGACUUUCUUGAUGACACCUGUAGGGGCUUUUACCAAAAACUUCCAGCGGAGAGGAUGGGGAAAGGCCGGCUUUUCCACAGCCAGAAAAACCUCCCAGACAUGGACCGUCGUUGUGAUAACCCUUGGAGAGACCUCUUCCUUUGGGCUAUCCUGCAAAAUAGGCAGGAAAUGGCAAACUACUUCUGGGCAAUGGGCCCGGAGGCCGUGGCAAGUGCUCUGGUGGGCUGUAAGAUAAUGAAGGAGAUGGCCCAUCUGGCUACUGAAGCAGAGACUGCUCGCAGUAUGAAGAAUGCCAAAUACGAGCAGUUUGCUAUGGAUCUGUUCAGUGAGUGUUAUUCAAACAGUGAAGACAGAGCCUAUGCGCUCCUGGUGAGGAAAACAUGCUGCUGGAGCAAAGCAACGGUCCUGAAUCUCGCCACUUUGGCAGACGCCAAAUGUUUUUUUGCUCAUGAUGGUGUCCAGGCCCUGCUGACCAAAGUCUGGUGGGGAGCCAUGAGGACAGACACUUCCAUCUCUAGACUCGUGCUUACGUUCUUCAUGCCUCCCCUCGUUUGGACCAACCUCGUCAAGUUCAAUGCAGAGGAAAAAGUGAGCAAAGGUGAAGGGGAACCGUUUGCCGAGCUGGACAGUUUGGAAACAGAGCAGGCCUUGUUACUCACAGACGAGGACCCAGUCGCUGCUGAAGGUGGCGGUGAUUCUGCAGUGCAGAGUUGCAGUGCAACUUUCAUUUAUGUGAUGCUGCAGAAGUGGAAUCGUUUCUGGAGCGCUCCAUGCACUGUGUUCAUGGGGAAUGUCAUCAUGUACUUUGCCUUCCUCAUUCUGUUCAGUUACGUGCUCCUUUUGGACUUCAGGCCCCCACUGCCACAUGGCCCGUCUGCAGCUGAAAUUAUCCUCUACUUCUGGGUCUUUACCCUGGUGUUGGAGGAAAUCCGUCAGAGUUUCUUCACAGAUGAAGACAUGAGUAUUUUUAAGAAGAUGAAGCUAUAUGUAGAGGAUAACUGGAACAAAUGUGACAUGGUGGCCAUCUCUCUUUUCGUGGUGGGAUUGUCAUGCAGGAUGGCCCCAAGCACGUAUGAGGCUGGCCGCACUGUUCUUGCUUUGGACUUCAUGGUUUUCACCUUAAGACUCAUUCACAUUUUUGCCAUCCAUAAGCAACUCGGGCCUAAAAUCAUCAUUGUGGAGAGAAUGAUCAAAGAUGUGUUCUUCUUCUUGUUCUUCCUGAGCGUGUGGCUGAUAGCGUAUGGAGUGACGACACAAGCCCUUCUGCACCCCAAUGACCCGCGCAUCGACUGGGUCUUUAUAUUUUCAGUUUUAAUUUAUUGUCCAUGUAUCUUCACAGCGGCAAAAAUGCCAGAUGAUAACUGCACUACUGAUGUGCAGGAGAUCAUCUUAGGCACUCUGCCUCCCUGCCCAAACAUCUACGCCAACUGGCUGGUCAUUCUGCUGCUCGUCAUCUAUUUGCUGGUCACAAAUGUGCUGCUGCUCAACCUUCUUAUUGCCAUGUUCAGCUACACCUUCCAGGUGGUGCAGGAGAAUGCAGACAUCUUCUGGAAGUUUCAGCGUUAUAACCUGAUUGUUGAAUACCACAGCCGCCCGGCAUUAGCUCCACCCUUCAUCAUCAUCAGCCACAUCUCUCAAGCUCUCCUCAGCCUCAUCAAAACUACAGAAACCAAGCAGGAUCUGCUGGAGAGGGAACUAUCGGCUGGACUGGACCAGAAGCUGAUGACAUGGGAGACGGUGCAGAAGGAGAACUACCUGGCUAAACUGGAGCAUGAGCACAGGGAGAGCAGUGCAGAGAGACUCCGAUACACCUCCUCUAAGGUACAGAGUUUGCUGAGGAUGGUUGGGGGUUUUAAGGAGCAAGAAAAGCGCAUGGCAACAGUGGAGACUGAGGUGAGGUAUUGUGGAGAGGUGUUGUCUUGGAUUGCAGAGUGUUUCCACAAAAGUACUCUGAAGUGUGACAGAGACGCACCUAAAGCCCCAGGGUCCAUUGCCAGCUCCAGAAAUCCACAUCCACAGGAAGCCAAGCGACAGCAGCCAUCGGGACAUUCAGGAUAUGGUGUCGACAAGAAACUGCCUUACAUUGAUCAGUGAUCUGGCCACGUUAUUAUGCAUUUGUUUUAUUUAGCUGGAAAUAGAAUAAUAGUAGUUUGGUAUAGGUUAUUGUAAUUGAGACUCCAGGCCGCAAAACGAGAGACACACUAUGCAGAGUUAUUUCUUUGUG